CCUCUAAUCGAAAUUCUUACUUCUCGAUGCCUCUCGCUGCCGUCGAAGUCGCGGCCGAAGCGAUUUAGGGUUUCUGAGAUCUUUCUUAUUUGCCAAAAUGGUUCUUCAAAACGAUAUUGAUCUGCUGAAUCCGCCAGCAGAGCUUGAAAAGAGGAAACAUAAGCUUAAGCGGCUUGUGCAGUCUCCCAACUCUUUUUUUAUGGAUGUCAAGUGCCAAGGCUGCUUCAACAUAACCACUGUUUUUAGCCACUCCCAGACUGUUGUUGUUUGUGGGAACUGCCAGUCUGUGUUGUGCCAGCCAACUGGAGGGAAGGCGAGGCUUACCGAGGGCUGCUCCUUCAGGCGCAAAGGAGAUUGAUUUGGCAGCAUUUAGUUUUCAUUGCCUUCGCAAAUUAAAAUGCUGUAUGGAUGCAGGGAUUGAUCAGCGCUUACUGUUUUUAAUCUUUUAGAGCUUAGCAGUUUUUUGUCUGAGUAAAAGAUUUUGAAGCGUUUUUGUCGUCAUAUUUUGUUUUUUGUUUACUAUUUCUGUGGACAAUGGGCCUUCUGUUGGGUUUGUUGCCUAAGUACGAUUUUGUCUACAUUUAUUAACAAUUUGGUUUGCGACAUUUGUUUUUAA